AUGAAUCACAAAAUUCUCAACUCUCCUAAUCCUGACACCAACGAACUUCCUACUUCUCUCCCAAAUGGUGCCGGGGCGAGACUUGUCCUGCUUGGGGAGCAGAUUCCUCUCAUGUCAAUGGGUUCUCGAGAGUGGUGGCCGACUGCAGUCUCGGAUAAAGUGCGCAGCAAAUUACUCCGAAGGAUCGUAAACGAGGGGCUACUUCUUCCAAUUUUGCUCUCGAUAUUCUCGGAGAUCUAUACUACAACGGCCCUGCCAGCAGAUGAAGAGCCAAAACGGCAGGUCACAGGCAAGCGUCGCGUUCGCCUUACCUAUGGCCAGUCUCCUAUUUCAGACUUUGGUAUUGUGAAAGGUUCUACCCGUGUAGUCGACAGGGACCGCCUUGCAUACUACAAUAUGGACGAUGAUGAAUUUCUCAUGGGUCAGGAUCCUGAAGAUCAUUACAGGAUAUUCAUAAAGGAACGACGUCCAGAUCAGGGAGGCCAUUGA